GUAGUGGCAGGAGGACUCUGGGAAGACAGGGGAGUCUGGGAAAGGAGAGAGAAGGCAGCACACCUGCAGGGAGGGAGAACGAGAAGUCAGAAGGAAGAAGAAGACCGAGGAGGGCACGCAGAGGAAGAGAAAGGGCAAGGAGAAGUAAAGUUGGGUGGGAAGAAGACACCCAGAAGAGAGAGGAGCGAGGCAGAGAUGAAGUUACAGGGGUCGCUGGCCUGCCUCCUGCUGGCCCUGUGCCUGGGCAGUGGGGACGCUGGCCCGUUGCCGAGUGGAGAGGAGGACGCUGCAGCAGGUGCUGGGGAGGCCUUCGGACACCAGGAAACCAAUGGCCAGCCUCCGUCCGGAGGCCACGGCCAGGGCAAUCCUGGAAGUCCAGGUACUCCCAGGGGCCAUGGACACUCUGGAGGCUCAGAUGGCAGCUUUGGAACCAACUCUCAGGGAGGCUCCUGGGGUCAUGGAGGCAAUGGAGGGUCAUCCAACUUGGAGACCAACGCUCAGGGAGCUGUGGCUCUGCCCGGUUACGGCUCACUGAGAGGUAGCAACCCACAUAUAGAGUGCACCAACCCCCCGCCAUCUGGCUCAGGUGGAAGCUCUGGCUCCUCAGGGGGAAGCAGCGGCAGCAGGGGCGGCAGCAGUAGUGGCAGCAGCGGCAGCAGUGGCAGUAGCAGUGGUGGCAGCAGUGGCAUGGCAGCAGUGGUGGCAGCGGCAGCAGUGGCCGCGGCGGCGGCAGCAGUGGCGGCAGUGGCGGCAGUGGCGGCAGCAGCGGUGGCAGCAGCAGCGGUGGCAGCAGUGGCAGCAGUGGCGGCAGCAGUGGCGGCAGCGGUGGCAGCAGUGGCGGCAGCGGUGGCAGCAGUGGUGGCAGCAGCGAUGGCAGUUCUGGGACCAGUCGGUGACCGACUGGCUACAGAUGGGAAGGACUACAGUGCAGGCUCUUCCUCGGAGAGCAGCGGCGGAAGUGGAGGUGGAAAUAAACCCGAGUGUGACAACCCAGGGAACAACGAAGUGCACGUGUCCGGGGGAUCCGGGGUUCAGAGGCAAGGGCCCAGCGGAGGAGGUGAAGCUGUCAGCGGAACUGAUCCGCUGAACUCUCAGACGCCUCCUGGGCUCUUCAACUUCGACACUUUCUGGAAGAAUUUUAAGUCCAAGCUGGGUUUCAUUAACUGGGAUGCCAUAAACAAGGACCACACUCAGCCCCCCAGCACUCGAGCCCUCCUCUACUUCAGCAGACUCUGGGAGAAUUUCAAACACAACACUCCCUUCCUGAACUGGAAAGCAAUCACUGAGGGUGCCGAUGCGACCUCGCUCCAGAAGAGGGCAGAUGGUGCUGGCCAGCCUGGCUCAGGACGGCAAGACGUGGUAGCUGUAACUUCUAAGAACAAUUAUAACCAGCAAGCAUAUCCUACUGUCCCUGGUGGGCAGUAUGCCAAGACCCCUGCCAAGGGAGGAGUCACGAUUUCUUCCUCGGCUUCCCGGGUGCAACCUGGCCUGCUGCAGUGGGUGAAGUUUUGGUGAAAACUACCUCCAGUCAUGGCUGAGGCCCUGGGAAGCAUCAGUCGUCAAGGAGCCACCUGCACCCCUGCCCCAGCCUCCCCGUGCCCGGCCUGGGCUGGGUGCUGACACCUGCUUCGUCUAGGUCAGGGACCUGGUCUGCGUGUCCCUUGUUUCUUCCCACCCCACUGUGUCAUCUCCUGACCACCAGCCUCAUCAGAUACACCAGCCACUUUCUUUAUCUACUCCAUUUUGUGACCUCAAGUCACUGUGACAUUCUUCAGAGGAGCUUCCUACUUUGGAGUUUCUCUGUGGAAAUAAAAGUGAAUCUUGUUUCCCC